UUUCAACCUUUUUUGUUAAUAAAAAAAAUAACUUCUUCAACCUAAACGGAGAAAAAACAACAAAUGGGUUCAAAACCCACUAGGCUCUCGUUAGACACACUAGCUUCAAAAUAAUCCCACCUUUUCUGUUAAAACAAAUCUCUCUCUUUCUCCAUCUCUAGUGACCAACUGGGAGUAGAAACCAAACAAAACAGAAAUAGAAAGAAACGUCUCUGUUCAAACAUGGGAGAUUGAAGAUUAAUUGCAUCCCUUUUGAUUUCCACCGUUCUUCUUACACCAAACUCGUUUCUGUUAUUAGAGCAUGCCCAUUAGUGGUUCUUAAGGGGUUCAUGGGCUCGGGUUCAUAGGGCCGGAAGAGAAAAAAAAAUAAAAAAAUGGGCUAAUUAGCGUGACCCGUCUCUUAGCGGUGAUCCGUCCGUAGCGGAGUUCAAGGCACGUGUCACGCUGAGAUUGGGCCCGUGUUUUCGAGUUGAAGCGGAGUAAUUCGCGAAACCUUUCAUUUUCUUUUAUUCCGCAAAAGCUAGGGUUUCUUUCUCGUCUAGGCGAUUCAGAGGCGAUUCUCGUGCGACGCCGAUUCCCGGAGCUUUUCACCAUCAAAUCGACGACGAACGGUUUCCUCCACGAGCUCAGAUGGAUCCCGCAGCAGAGAGAAGAGACAUGAAGAGGAACAUUGAGUACAACAAUAGCUUGCAAUAUGUGGCUGAUUCGGAGUACGGGAUACCGACAAGGUGUUACUGUGGUGGGAGAAUGAUUGACGAGGUUCAGGGGAAGGAGGAGAGAGACACUUUUCCUGGGAAGCGCUUCUUCACAUGCAUAAACUACCAGGCUGAUGGGCUCCAUUAUCGUCAGCCUUGGGUUCACGGUGUCCAGGAGGAGAUCGAGAAGCUCACUAACCGCCUGCAGGCGGCUGAGAAGGUGAUCAAGGAGGUGCCCAUCCUCAGUCAACAGAUUGAGUCACUUGAGGUUAAGAGGCUCUCUGGCCAGGUUGAUGUUCUCAGUGUCAAAGUCGCUGACCUGGAGAUGGUCUGCUUCGAUUGAAAAGCAAAGGUCACGGGCUGGAGUUGAAGUUGUAUGGCAGGAAGGGAAUGCACAUGUUUAUUAGCUUUAUGGUUGUUGUGUUUCACGGGAAAGUGUAGAAUUUUGUUUCUUUCUACACUUCGUUUCAAUUAACUUGUUUUGUUUCUUUGUACUUUGUACUUUGUACUUCAUUUCACGGGCAAUGUAGUGUCUUGACACUGCCAACUCUAUAUAUAUCGGCAAUGUAGUGUAUCGGCUUUACC